AUGGGCAGGCAACCGAAUCUGUUCAGUUACCCCACCGUCGACGAAGUUGCAGCCCAUCUGCGAACCUACAUUCUCUUGUGCCAAAAGUCCGCCCUCCAACGUCACGGUGCCUUCAAAAUCGCCGUUUCAGGCGGCAGCCUCCCCGGGACAUUGGCCAAAGCCCUACUCGUCGCGGGCGCGGAUGAAGACCCUGCCUCCGUACCGCAAUUUUCCAAAUGGCAAAUCUUCUUCGCUGACGAGCGCGCCGUGCCCUUCGACCAUGAAGACAGUAACUACGGACUCUUGAAGAAAGAACUGUUGGAUAAAAUCCCCGCGGAGCAAGGAACACCGACCGUCCACCCGAUUGACGUCCAAUAUCUCGAAGAUACUCAAGAGCUCGCCGACCAAUAUCAAGAUGUUCUUAUGUCGAGUUUCGCAAACAAGGAUUCUGUCCGAAUGCCCAUUUUCGAUUUGAUCCUCCUCGGCUGCGGACCCGAUGGGCACACCUGCAGUUUAUUCCCAGGCCACGAAUUACUACGUGAGGCAGAUGCUUGGGUGGCCAGCAUUGAAGACAGUCCGAAACCUCCACCGCGACGGAUCACGCUGACGCUGCCGGUUGUGACACAUGCGCAUAAGAUCGUAUUCGUGGCCACGGGCGGAGGUAAGAAGGAAAUUCUGAAGAAAAUCCUCGAGGCGGACGAUGAAGGGCGCAGUCUGCCUUGUGGGCUUGUCAAUGAAGCCGGGGGGGAGAAGGUCAGUUGGUUCACCGAUAACGCGGCAGUAGAGGGCGUGGCAUUUCCCAGGAGAGGAAGCUUGUAA